GAUCAAUCAAAUCAAACAGUAGAGAAAAGAUAAAAUUCUCUUUGUUUGAACUCUUCCUUCUUUUUUUUUUCUUUCUUUUUUUUUUUUUCUUCUUUUUUCAUAUGGGAAAUCGAAUUGGGAAAAUUGGCCGCUGUUUCGCCGGCGACGGCGAUAUCUCCCGCCGGUAUGAUCCCGCCGACAUUAUUGUCGACCCUCAUGAUGGCGGUUUCGGCCACUCCUUCUAUUAUCUCCCACCCGACCCACAUACUAUCUCCUCUUCUAAAGAUUUCUCCGACGAGUAUAUCUCUCCGGCAACCACCAUUUUUCGGUCGAUUUCCGGCGCUUCUGUAAGCGCCAACGUCUCAACGCCGCUCUCCACUUCUCUUGUUGAUCUCUAUCCUUACAGCACCACGUUUGAUCGGGCUGCUGCUUUUGAUUGCUCGAAUUCCUUCGCCUCCGUGCCGUUGCAGCCGGUGCCUCGCCACUCGGUGUCGGGAAAUUCCGGCGGAUUCCCUUAUUCGGGUCCGAUUGAGAGAGGGUUUUUAUCUGGACCCUUGGCCAGCCGGAACGAAUCGGGUCCUAUUGAUCGUGGGGUUUGUUCUGGCCCGAUUGAAAAGAGCGGCGUUGGACCCGAGAAAUUACGGCGGAGCUUCUCUCACAGCGGCGUUGGAGAUAGACAACCCAAAUCGAAAAGAAGAAGUCUCAUUCGGAUUCUGAAGAAAGCCAUAUCCAAAACCAUUUCUCGAAACCAGAAGGCUGUGAGUUCGAGAGUGAGAGAAUCGGAAUCGUACAAACACAACGAAAAUGCCGCAGCUACUCAGACUCAAAGCAGUGUCCAUUUGAGCAGCCAUGCGAGCUUGGCGCCGGAAGACGACGGCGAUUACUUUCUCGGCGGUCAGAGCGUACAGUGGGCACAGGGGAAGGCCGGUGAGGACAGAGUUCACGUGGUGAUUUCCGAGGACAAUGGUUGGGUUUUCGUCGGAAUUUACGACGGAUUCAACGGCCCUGAUGCUCCUGAUUACUUACUCGCUAAUCUCUAUGCUGCCGUUCUAAAAGAACUCAAGGGUUUAAUUUGGAAUGAUAAGUUUGAUUCUACUGCAACUUCGUCCUCCAUGAACUCAUCAAACUCUGCUUCAAUUGAGGAAGAAGAUGGAACAACCCACCUGAAAAAUCAUCAAUCUACAGAGAAUUUCCCUGCGGGAAACAAGAUGGUGAAUUUGGAAGCUGAAUCGAUGAGGAAAAGAGAGAGAGUUUAUAAUACAAACUACAGGACGAGCCAGCUGAUGAAGAGGGCUGAUCAGAAUCCCAAGACAUGGAAAUGUGAAUGGGAAAGGGAAAGAUUAGAAUUCGACGGGAAGAUGAACAAUAAACAAUUAGAUCAUCAUCACCAAAUAUGGGAUGAAUCAACAGCAAUCAAUCAUUCUGAAGUGUUAAAUGCUCUGUCUCAAGCAUUGAGAAAAACAGAGGAAGCAUAUCUACAAAAUGCAGACAAGAUGGUAACAAGAAACCCUGAGCUAGCUCUUAUGGGUUCUUGUGUUUUGGUCAUGUUGAUGAGAGGAGAAGAUGUGUACUUGAUGAAUGUCGGAGACAGCCGUGCUAUUGUAGCGCAGCAGCUCGAACCGGAUUUCGGGAUUGGAAAGCAAUACAGAGACUUGGAGAGAAUCAAUGAAGGAACACUACGAGUAUUUGAAUCCUCUAAUGGUGUGGAGUUUGAAAGAUUAACAACCUUAGCUUCCCAUCAGCUUACAAUGGACCACAGCACCUACACAGAGGAGGAAGUCCAGAGGAUCAAGAAGGCUCAUCCCAACGAUGCUUCAGCAAUUAUGAACGACAGGGUGAAAGGUUAUUUGAAAAUUACUCGGGCUUUUGGAGCUGGCUUUCUCAAACAGCCAAAGUGGAAUGAUGCACUGCUAGAGAUGUUCAGAAUAGACUAUGUGGGAAAUUCACCUUACAUCACCUGUGAUCCAACACUCUGCCAUUACAAACUCAGCCCAACAGACAGAUUCUUGAUACUAUCCUCUGAUGGACUCUACCAGUACUUCACCAACGAAGAAGCUGUUUCUCAAGUAGAGUCCUUCAUUGCUGCUUUUCCUGAAGGAGAUCCUGCUCAACAUCUAAUAGAAGAAGUACUGUUCCGAGCAGCGAAAAAAUACGGAAUGGACUUCCAUGAGCUGCUCGACAUCCCACAAGGGGAGCGGCGGAAGUACCACGACGACGUUUCGGUAAUCAUCAUUUCAUUCGAAGGGAGAAUCUGGCAUUCAUUGAUGUAAAUAGAGAUACUAGCCUAUAGAAAUCAAGAUAACAGAAGGUUGGGCAAUUAAUCCUGCCAUUUAUUUCAUUUAUUCUUCCUUAUUCUCAUUACACAUGCAAUCAAAUCACUCUCUCUUGUUCAACCUUUAACAGAGAGAGCGUCGAAGUUGUUCA